AUGAUCACGGUUUCGAUAACCCUGACGUCCACCCGUCAUGGCGUCACUUACUAUACUAUACAAUUGAAACUCCCGCUCCGUACAAUAUCUGUGGACAGAAGAUUCCAAGAAUUUGAGACAUUACACAACGAGCUUUGCCGUGAACUUGGAAUCAAUCGAGGCGACUUUCCAUACGAGUUGCCCAAAAAACGACUCAACUGGCUCCAUAGUAGCGAAACUCUAGCUGAUGAGCGCAAGCCUGAGCUAGAUCGGUGGCUAAAUGAAGUAAUUCGGGAUGGCAGCAUUCAGAAUCUUCCGGCGCUUGAGGAAUUUCUUCGUCUUCCACAAAACUUCAAAUUCGAGCCACUGAUGUUUCGAGAAUCCGCUCAUGGGUUGCAGGUUUUUACAGGUGAUAUUGACGAUCUGAACUGGCUCGAUGUACACCGCCAAUUAACUGCGGCAGUCAACACGGCUUUACCACAAGAUGUAACAGACAGAAUGAAACUAAGAUCAGUUAUAACGAAGACUUACUUACCUUUAGCUCAUAAACUUGAAAGCAGUCUUGAACGGUCAAAGUUGAAGAGCAAGGAACUCGAACGUCGCAAAGGAUUGAUCACCCAAACUCUUUCCGCUAUCAGAACAUUGAGUGACAAUCUUACAUCUUCCAAACCAGCUGAUCCACAUGUACCUGGGGCCUUUUCAUCUCAGACUGGUCAAACGCCACUCGGAGGAUCUAAGCGAGUAUUUGGCGGUGGUGAAACUAAAGAUACUGUGAAUCUUUCGAAGCAAGAACUUCUACAGGAGCAGAUUAAAAUUCACCAAAAUCAAGACCAAGAGGUUGAGCAGCUACGUCAAAUCGUUGCUCGUCAACGUCAACUUGGCGUGGCCAUUGGUAAUGAAGUUGACGAGCAGAACGAAAUGUUGGAUCAAUUUGGGGAGGAUAUUGAUAAUGUGACGGUGAAAUUGGAUAAAGCACGCUUAAGAGCAAAGAAGAUUCUUUAG